AUGUCAACUAACCCCGCUUCUCCCCCAACCGACCCUCCAGCCAGUAUCCUCCACGCGCCGCUUCUUCACUCACAGCAUGACUCUCCAAAUUCCUCCUCCUCGCCUCCGUCUCCCAUCGAUGGCCGCUCCACUUCGCUGGCGGUUCUGCUCGGCCGGGCCACGGGAAGGCGCGGUCCUUCCCUCCUUGUCAGGGAAUCGGCCGCGCGUGAGCUCGAGGAGCGACGCGUCGACUGGGGCUACUCCAAGCCGGUUGUCGCCGUCGACAUGCUAUGGAACAUUGCCUUCGUCUUGGCGUCAUUCACGAUGUUGAUGUUGACCACCAAGGAGAGGCCUAACACGCCGAUCAGGGUUUGGAUCUGCGGCUACGCUCUUCAGUGCUUGGUCCACGUGGUGCUGGUGUGGCUGGAGUAUCGGAGGAGGAACGGCUCCGGCAGGGCGGCGUCUAGUGAUGGUGAUCGUAGGCGCCGGCAGGAGGAAGUGGAUGGUGGGAGCUUGGAUAGUGAAGAUGACGAUGGGACUGAUCGGCCUUCCUUCACUACCAGUUUUGUGAAACGAUGCGAGUCAGUGAAUACAAUGGCAUCAUUUGUGUGGUGGAUCGUCGGCUUUUAUUGGGUGGUCUCUGGGGGCGAUCUCCUGUUGCAGACUGCUCCUCGCUUGUACUGGUUGGCUGUGGUCUUUCUGGCAUUUGAUGUGUUCUUUGCAAUCUUCUGUGUUGUCCUGGCAUGCUUGAUUGGCAUUGCUCUUUGUUGCUGCUUGCCAUGCAUCAUAGCAAUUCUUUAUGCUGUAGCAGGACAGGAAGGUGCAUCAGAUGCCGACCUCGGUCUCCUCCCUAAAUACAGAUUCCAGAUGUUGAACAAUGCUGAGAAACUCAAUUCUGAGGCAGGGAAAAUGGUUCCAGUUGAGACUAGCAGCCUAUACGUAGCACAGGAGCGGAUGCUACUGCCUGAAGAUGCUGAAUGCUGCAUAUGUCUGACAUCUUAUGAUGAUGGAGCGGAGCUUCAUACCCUACCAUGCAACCAUCAUUUCGAUUCCAGCUGCAUUAUAAGAUGGCUUAAGAUGAAUGCAACUUGUCCUCUCUGCAAGUACAACAUUCUGAAAGGAAACGAGCAGGUAUAA